AUGGCCAAGUUUAACGACAAGCAACGCCACCACUUCACACACAACAUGUAUGUAUUAAUUGCCGAUUUGGAGAUGAUCGACCGCCAGCGGGCACGAGUCACGAAGGACCUACUCACAAAAUGUUCCGAGAUUGGGGAGGUUCUCGCCAAGCAACUUAGUGACUCGUCCGUCGCUUUGCGUAAAACUGUCCUGCGCAUGGAUCCUGAAGAGGUGAGUCCGAACUCCGUGAUUCUUACCGUCAAGGUUUCGAUUUGUUUAAGGGUUAGUAAAGUUCGCUAA